AUGGAAGCAAUCAUGGAUGCCCAUGGGUUAUGCGAUGCCAUUAAGCCACCAACUGGAGUGAUUGUGGAUGAGAAAAAGAGCAAGCAGGCUCGAGCUUUCAUCUUUCAAUCUAUACCAAAGGAGAUUCUUGCACAGGCUGCCAAGAAGAAUACAACCAAGGAAGUUUGGGACUCUCUAAAGUUACGGUAUGUGGGUGCAAAGAGGGUCCAAAAGGCAAGACUAAGAGUACUCAAGAAUGAGUUUGAAGCACUUGAAAUGAAGGAGUCUGAAACCAUAGAUGAUUAUGCAGGAAAUAUAUCAGCCAUGAUUUCAAAGUUUGGGAGUGCAGGGGAAAUAUUCGCAGAUGAAGAAUUGGUGAGAAAGCUAUUCGACACAGUUCCGAAGAGGUUUAUAAACCUGGUGGCAUCAAUUGAACAAAGUUGUGAUAUGGAAUCGAUGCCAUUUGAAGAAGCAAUUGUGCAUUUGAAGGCUUAUGAGGACAGGCUCCAGCUCUGGAAGGCAAGCACACAGGGAGAUAAUGCCCUGCUGCUUGCCAAGGCAGAAGGCUCGUCAAUCCACCGGAGUCCAAGCAAGCAAAAUUCAACAAGUGGUCAAGGAAGGGGCGGAAGAGGCAGCACACGAGGGCGAGGCUCGUCUCGUGGCAGAGGUGGGCAUUGA